AUGGGGAACUUUUUCGAUUGGCAUGCCGCGAGGACAGAUCUGUCCAAUAUCGCACUCUUGGACCGCGCACCCGAAAGUGAAGGUAUAAAUCUCAAAGCCGUCCGUCUUUACCGGCUAGCAAGGGUGCGGAGCCAGAUGGCUAAGUACUGCAUUGACGCUGUCGUUCUGUCAGACCCCAUCAACAUUCGGUACGCUACAGGGACUCGCAAUAUGCAGGUAACGCUCAAUACUUUCGAGUACACUGGAUGCAGCCAUCUGGCCGAAGGAUACGAGACGAUUGAUGAAAUACGGACCGCAACAACGGCCAGUUUUGCGGCCGCCGGCCCGAACAUUGAAGACCGGGAGCGCUCGUGGGCGGCGAACAUGGCCGAUUUGAUCAAAAGCCUCGUGGGCAAAGAUGCAACAGUUGGGCUUGAGCGACUGAAUGCAAACGUUGCUCUGGCGCUCAGAGACUGCGGCUUGAAGAUUGUCGAUGCUCAAAAACCCGUUGAAAUGGCGCGGGCGGUCAAGUCAGCGGAAGAAAUGAAAUGUGUAAUAGCUUCCCUGCGGGCCACCGAGGUCGCGGUUGGGGAGCUCCGAGAUGCCAUUCGACCUGGAAUGACCGAAAAUGCCCUCUGGUCUGUGCUGCAUCAGUCUGUCAUCCGGCAGAACGGAGACUAUUGCGAGACACGCUUGCUUAGCGCUGGCCCACGAACAAAUCCAUGGUUUCAGGAGACCUCAAGCUAUGAAAUUGGCCCAAACGAGCUCAUCGCAUUGGACACAGAUGUCGUUGGCUGCCAUGGAUACUAUUCCGACUUUUCACGCACCUUCCACUCCGGUCCCGAUCCUCCCACACAAGCUCAAAGGGAGCUUUACAAGGUCGCUUACGAGCAGGUUCAUUACAAUAUGAAGAUCCUGAGGGCCGGCCUGACUUUCCGCGAGUAUGCGGAGCGGGCAUGGGAGAUUCCAAAGAAAUACUAUGCCAACCGAUACUUCCUCUCGGCUCAUGGAACAGGUAUGACCGGGGAGUAUCCCUACCUGUACCACCGCGGAGACUUUCCCGACUCUGGCUACGAUGGAGUGCUUGAGGCGGGAAUGGUGAUCUGCGUUGAAAGCUACAUUGGCGAGGAGGGCGGCCAGGAGGGUGUCAAGCUCGAGGAGCAGGUCUUGAUCACCGAGGACGGUAUUGAAGUGCUAUCGAAGUUCCCAUUCGAGGCGGCUUUGCUGCAGUAG